AUGGGGCCCAGACGCCUCCUGGUGACAGCUGUGCUGCUACUGGCCCAGGCGGCGCCGCGGGAAGCUUCUGAGUACUGUGGCCGCCUAGAGUACUGGAACCCAGACAACAAGUGCUGCAGCAAGUGCCUGCAGCGCUUCGGGCCACCCCCCUGCUCAGACUACGAGUUCGUGGAAAACUGCGGGUUCAAUGACUACGGCGAUCUCCUAACAUACCCGUUCAAAGAGUGUUCACCUGGGAAGUGCAACCCCGACGGCGCGGAACUGUGUAGCCCCUGCGGUGGCGGAACCACGGCUCCUACCACUGCCUUGAGCCGGGUCAGAAGCCCGUGGCGCUGCAGAGAGAAGCCAGUCCCUACAAAGGGGCGCUGCACACUGACAUCUGGAAAAACAAAUGCCCCCAGUUUCUGGGAGACCAGCUCACCAGCAAGUUCCAGUUCCUUCUGGACACCCGAGGCCAACGUCUCUCAGCAGGCCAUGACGAGUUUUGUCCUGGCCUUGGUGUUGGUCCCGCUCCUGAUCUCAGCAGUGAUAGUGAUCCUCCUGCUGGCUGUGCGGAGGCACCUCUCCCGGUCCAAGAGAAGGGUCUCCUUUCCUCCUCCUGGCUUGGUUUGUGAAAGCCACAGCACCCACACCCUUGCCUCGCACUCUCCCCCAGGCACCGUGGAGGCGUGGGAGACAGAGAAGGUGUGGAAGGGUGUCUCUCUGCUUCCACUCCUGAGCAAGGAACUGCCUAGUCUGGCGUCACAGCCUCUAUCUCGCCUCCUGGAUGAACUAGAAGUGCUGGAGGAACUGAUUGUACUGCUGGACCCUGAGCCUGGCCCAGGUGGAGGCACGUCCUGUGGCACUACUCGACACCUGGCUGCAAGAUACGGGAUGCCUGCUACCUGGUCCACAUUUACUUACUCUCUACGGCCAAGUCGUUCACCACUGCGGGCUCUGAUUGAGCUGGUGGUGGCAAGGGAGCCUUCUGCCUCUCUGGGCCAGCUUGGGGCACACCUAGCCCAGCUAGGGCGGGAAGAUGCACUGCAGGUGUUAUCCAAGCUUGGCUGAGCUGUGGUUUGCUAAGCCUAGUACUCAAAUAUUAUUUCUUUCAAAA